CUCCUAAUUCCUUUAGGCUCAGAUUUCUCCGUUCCACCCAAACACCACCGCCUUCUUACUUCUAGAUGCUCUUAUCUUCCUCUCUACGUCUCAGAAUCACCCCCCACGUGAAUUGCCGACCCAAUCAAUGGGUUUCUCUCCUUCACACACCAGAUUCUAAGCUUCAUUCAAUUCGCUAAUUCUCCUUAAAAAACCCUAAUUUUUCGAAUUUAAGCUGGUCUGAGUCAGUGAUCUAGUGCAUAGCCUGCUCAAUUGCUCGCAAUGUCGGAUGACUUGGUGUUGCAAUUCUCCUCCAAUUCUUCCAAUCAGUCCGAUCACUCCUUCCCCGAUAAAAUCGCCAAGCUCGAGGCUCGCUUAACCGGCAAAACCGCCUCCUCCGCCAAGCCGCAGCCGCAACAGCAGCAGCUCUCCGUCUGGUCAUCUUCUUCCUCCGCCGCGGCUCCUGCUCCGGUUGGAUCCUCGUCGGAGGCCUCUAUCAGUGACUCCGACGACGAGAAUACAGGAGACUUCCUCAUCCGAGCCAAUACCAAAAAGCGCCAGAAAGUUCAAGACUUUAAUAACAACACCUCCAUUGUUGCUGAUCACCCUGAGCCCCAAGAGGCAGCAGCGUUUGAGGGAAGGAAAAACGAGGCUGAGACCAAGACGGGACUUGAUGUUAGUAAGAAGAAACAAGGUCGAGGUCGAACAGGUAGAGGGCGUGGUUCUAAAGCUAAUAAUGAUGCCACUAAAUCUCAGUGUUUGGCUGCACCAGUAGGAGCUCAACUGAAUGUCUCUGAUCAAAAGGAUUUUAGGCCUAAUGGACAGCUCAGGAAUGGUGAAAGCUCUCUCCAAGAUGACGAUGUGUCAUCCUUACGUGCAAAAAUCACUAUGCUGGAGGAGGAAUUGUGUAAAUCUCGACAAGAUUCCUCUGAGCAUCAGAAUCUAAUACGGAAGCUUGAGAAUGAGUUGAAAGAUCUAAAAGAUCAGGAACAACAAGGGAAGCAAAAGACAACUAAAGUUAUAUCUGACCUUCUCAUAUCUGUUUCCAAAAGUGAAAGACAAGAAGCAAGGGCAAAAGUCAGACAUGAUUCUUUGCGAUUAGGCAGCGUUGGUGUACUCAGGACGGGAACCAUCAUAGCUGAGACAUGGGAAGACGGACAGAUGUUGAAAGAUCUGAAUGCUCAACUUAAACAAUUACUGGAAACCAAGGAGGUUAUUGAGAGACAAAGAAAACUCCUGAAGAAGCGACAGAAUGGUGAUAAGAGUGACGGGACUGAUUCAGAAUCAGGAGCACAAGAGGAAGAUAUCAUCCCCGAUGAGAUUUACAAGUCUCGCCUUGCUAGUAUCAAGCGGGAGGAGGAAGUAGUUCUGCGUGAGAGAGAGAGGUAUGAACUGGAGAAGGGUCAGCUUAUAAAGGAGAUGAAGCGCAUACGAGAUGAAGAUGGUUCUCGGUUCAACCAUUUCCCAGUUUUGAAUUGCCGAUAUGCUCUUCUAAAUCUUCUUGGUAAAGGCGGAUUUAGUGAAGUGUAUAAGGCAUAUGAUUUGGUGAAUCAUAGAUAUGUUGCGUGCAAGCUUCAUGGUUUAAAUGCUCAGUGGAGUGAAGAAAAAAAGCAAAGUUACAUCCGACAUGCCAUGAGGGAAUAUGAUAUUCAUAAAGAUCUUGUGCAUCACCACAUUGUACGGCUUUGGGAUACAUUUAGAAUUGACCUGGAUACAUUCUGCACUGUUCUGGAAUAUUGUAGUGGAAAAGACCUUGAUGCGGUUUUAAAGGCAACACCUAAUCUUCCUGAGAAAGAAGCAAGGAUUGUCAUUGUACAAAUAGUUCGAGGCCUUGUAUAUCUGAACAAAAGAUCACAGAAGAUAAUCCACUAUGAUUUGAAGCCAGGGAAUGUUCUGUUUGAUGAGUUUGGAGUAGCAAAAGUGACUGAUUUUGGUCUUAGCAAGAUAGUGGAAGACAAUGCUGGUUCUCAAGGAAUGGAGCUUACAUCACAGGGAGCUGGAACCUACUGGUACUUGCCCCCAGAAUGUUUUGAGCUUAGCAAAACUCCUAUGAUCUCGUCAAAGGUUGAUGUAUGGUCGGUUGGUGUUCUGUUUUACCAAAUGCUAUUUAGAAAGCGACCCUUUGGACAUGACCAAAGCCAAGAACGGAUACUACGAGAAGACACAAUCAUUAAAGCCAAAAAGGUUGACUUCCCAGCAAAACCUGCCAUCUCGAAUGAAGCAAAGGAUUUGAUUCGAAGGUGUCUAACAUAUAACCAAGCAGAUAGGCCUGAUGUUCUAACUCUGGCACAGGAUCCUUAUCUUUCCUACACUAAGAAAUGAGAAUGUGUAGUCUUCACAAACAAACCGGAGCUACUGAAGGACCAGUUCCUAGAUUGUUUUCUUUUUGUACAGAUUAUAAAGUUUUUUGUUUGUUUAUUUAAAUCUUGAAUUAAUUCGGCUGUUUUCCUAUAAUCUGUGUGAUAUUUUAUGUAUAUUCUUAACUUUUUGAAUAGAAUAUAAACUCAAAGUUGAGACAGGCUCCAAAUCUUUCUGCCAUGUUCUGCUUCUCAAGUUCUACAAACUCAAAUGUGAACAGUUGAAUAACUAAACUUAUUGCUUCGAAACAGACAAGCCUACAACUUGGAUGGUUGUGUGGUCAACCCAAAACCGAACGGGUACAACGGGUCGUAGUGCUGGUCCCCAACAUUCAUUGGCAACUGAUUCACAGACUUAAACCACGUCCGAGCUAACUUUCCAGUGAAUCCAUAAUCACCAAACAGAGCAUCAGUCACUCCUUGACCUUCCGUUCCUGGAAGCCAAGCUGCCACAAGUGUAUCAAUGGUCGAGACAUAAGGCUCCAUCACCACGGGACGGCCAGAGACCACAACCA